AUGGAGCCAGUGGAUGAAGACAUUGUGAUAGUUGGAGCUGGGAUUGCUGGCCUUUCUGCUUCUUUAGGACUUCACAGGUUGGGAUUGAGGAGCUUAGUAUUGGAAUCAUCGGAGAGUUUAAGGAUAACUGGAUUUGCUCUUGCUGUUUGGACCAAUGCUUGGAGGGCUCUGGACGCCCUAAAUGUUGGAGAAGGCCUUAGACAGCGUUCAUUUCAGAUUCGAGGGUUUCGAGUUGCUUCUUUGGAUACAGGGCUGCCUACAGCUGAGCUUUCACUUGAACAACCCAAGUUUGAAAAUUAUGAAUCUCGUUGCAUCAAGAGGAGAGAGCUGCUGGAGACCUUGGCAAAGGAGCUGCCACAAGGGACUAUUAGGUUUUCAUCCAAGGUGGUUUCAAUAGAGGAAUCUGGACAUUUGAAGGUGGUUCAUUUGGCAGAUGGAUGUGUUAUUCGGACUAAGGUCUUAGUCGGCUGUGAUGGAGUCAAGUCCACUGUUGGAAAAUGGUUAGGCCUUUCUACUCCUAUUAGUGUUGGGAGAUCAGCAAUCAGGGGAUAUGUUGAGUAUGCGAAUGCUCAUAACUUCAAGCCUAAAUUCCAUGGAUAUUUUGGCCGUGGCAUUCGCUUUGGUUUUGCUCCCUGUGAUGACCAUAGCUUAUACUGGUUUUGCACUUUCAGUCCAUCAACUCCAAAUUGGCAUGAAGAUAAGGCGAGAAAUCCAGCUGAAAUGAAAGAAUUUGUGCUAAGCAAGAUCCCGAAUGUUCCAAAUGAAGUAUUAGAAAUUGUGGAAGAAACCAAGCUUGACUUGAUCUCUUGUGCUGAUCUGAAAAUGAGAUUGCCUUGGGAUAUAUUGUUGAGGGAUAUUGCAAAAGGAAACGUUUGUGUAGCUGGGGAUGCCCUUCAUCCUAUGACACCAGAUAUUGGUCAAGGCGGAUGUUCAGCUUUAGAAGAUGGCAUCAUCCUCGCUAGGUGCAUUGCAGAAUCUUUCAAGAGGAUUUCGAAAGAAGGAUCUGAUUUUGAUGAAGAAAUGGAAGCCAUUCACGAAGGGCUCGAGAAAUACGCGAAAUGCAGGAAAUGGAGAAGUUUUAGUCUCAUAUCUGUGGCUGGUUUGGUUGGUUUCAUUCAAGAAAGUGAUCAUAAGUUGGUGCGUUUCUUCAGAGAAAAGUUCUUGUCAAAGUAUACACUUGCAACUAUGAUGAGAAUGACUAAUUAUGACUGUGGAAAACUCUGACGCUAAUGUAUUCUGAUAUCUGCAAAAUUAAAAACCGCAAGUCAUUUAUAUGUAUUCUGUAACAAUACAACAUUUAUGAAUUCGAGUUUUCAAUGAAGAAGCAGAGUUCUAAAUAGACUUGUGCAAUAGCCAAAUUUUUUUUUAUAUAUAAA